UUGGACAAUAAGAAGUGAGCAAAAAGAAAACAAUCGGAUAAUUCAAACACGUGACAAUGAUAUUGGAUAUUGCACUGGUUGAAAAUGUACAGUGUGACUUGAAACCUGCUCAAGGUCGUACGCUGCACAUUCACAUCGACUUCGUGUUUCAAUGAUACUAGUUUUAAUGAUUUCAGUUUAAUGCCUCCACUCCGACGACUUAUGCCCCUAUACGUAUUUGAUAUUAACCAUCAAAACGUUAACUGUUAUUUAAAGAUUGUUCCCACCGAAUUCCACACGUUUUAGGGGUAAUUUGUCUUUUCUAUUCAUAAAUUGAUCCGCUUGUCUUCAAUAUUUUAUUUGAUUUGUGCAUCCAUUUUUCUCUGAUAAGUAAUAUAUUUACUCCGGGAUGUUGAGUGAGUGUUGCAGAUAUCGUUACCGUUGCAAUAAUUGGAAACUUCGGAAUUACUUAGCUUUUUGGUGUUUCGGUUUGGGGAAUAAUUUUUCAUAUGUUAUUAUGUUAAGUGCAGCUGUGGAUAUUAUACGAAAACAACAAAACUCACAGAUUAAAUUCACUACGAACAUCAGUACGUAUCACAUAAACUGUACAGAGAUUGGAACAGGAAGUGUCCUGUUGGCAGAUAUACUUCCGAGUAUGAUUUUCAAGUUUAUUUCUCCAAUAUUCAUACAAAAACUUCAUUUUCACUUCAAAAUUUUAUGCGCUGUCCUACUGGCCAUUAAUAGUUUUCUGAUGGUUUCAUUUUCCCAGUCUUUAUCUACGAGUCUUUUUGGGAUUGUGUCGGCAAGUUUAUCUUCAGGAAUCGGAGAUGUUACUUUCUUAAGCAUGGUAGCUUUCUUUGACAAAUCUUGUAUUUCGGCUUGGUCAUGUGGAACGGGUGCAGCCGGUCUGAUCGGUUCACUUUAUUAUGUUGGUUUGACAUCAAUAACUACACCGGAAAUUACGUUAUGUAUUGUCAUUGUGGUUCCAUGUACUACAUUGUUAGUGUAUUUCUUUGUUCUAGACAGACCUCAACAUGAAAAAUUUCGACUGUGUUUCAACCCUAUGGUUUCAUCGGGCAAUUCCACGAUGUCAACAGAAAGGAUAAACGAGUUAGUAACCAGUGAAGAGUCAGAGCACAUUGAGGCUGUUAAUGAAAAUGAUGUAAUCACUAAUUGUGAUGGGUAUAUUCAACUGAGAAAUGAGGAUGACAUGGUUUAUCAUGACAAUUCACAAAUUUCCAAUAAUUCAUCUCUACCUGUUCUACAUCAACAACAGCCUACAUGGAAAAUAAAACUACAGCUGUUGAAGGGAAUGAUUAGUUCAUUAUUUUGUCUAGUUUCAGUUUAUUUUUUCGAAUAUUUAAUUAAUCAGUCAUUGUUUGAAUUACUUUACUUUCAAAAUACACGUUUAACUGCUCCAGAACAAUAUAGAUGGUAUCAAGUACUUUAUCAAACUGGUGUAUUUUUAUCAAGAUCGUCAGUCAGUUUUAUUCAAUUUAAGACCACUUGGAUUAUGUCAUUGCUACAAGCUAUGAAUUUUGUAAUAUGUUUAUUACAAGUGAUCUAUUCUUAUAUACCGUAUAUAUGGAUAAUGUUCAUUGUGAUAUUUUAUGAAGGAUGCCUGGGUGGUUUAACUUAUGUUAACACAUUUUAUAAUGUUCUUCAAGAAACUUCUCCAAUCUACCGUGAAUCUGCAAUGGCAAUGGCAACUGUAUCUGAUUCAAUUGGCGUAGCUGGAGCUGGAUUUCUAUCCAUAUAUUUGCAUAAUUGGUUAUCUUCCUCGAGUUCGCCAUUGGACCUUUAUUAUUUAACAUUGAGUUAUAAGACUCAACCUAUUGUGAGAGAGAACAAAUCAGAUUCCAGAGGAGGAAGAAAUCAAGAAGAAGAUCUGGAAGUAGAUAGGACACAUAUUGAGGAAUGCACCUAACUGCGUCACAAGGCAAACCCUCAUCACAUGGAAUCUUCAAGGCCAAAGGAAAAGAGGAAUACUAAAGAACACAUUACGCCAAGAAAUGGAGACAGACAUAAGAAGAAUGAACAAGAAUUGGAUAGAACUAGAAAGGAAGGCCCAAGACAGAGUGCGUUGGAGAAUGCUGGUCGUCGGCCUAUGCUCCAUUGGGAGUAACAGGCGUAAGUAAGAUCCCAUGAGAAUUCCAUAGUAGGAAUAUCAGAAACCAGAGAAAAAAAAACAGGAUCAGAAUAAUUUGUCCAAUCAAAAUACACUACAAAAACUUUUAAAAAGAAACUGUUAGGUUCUAUACCAUACCGUGAAAUAUGAUUGCCAAUUUAGAUACGCUAACUUAUAUGACCAAAAUAAUGACACACAAACAUCACGAGAAGUCUAGCGUCCUUAUUGAUGACACAGAACAUAUACAUAGCCUUCAACCGCUCAUUUACAUCUUCCAGUAUGUUCUGCAAUCGAAACUGUCUUCUCAACUGGUCUCCAAAUGUUCUACCAACCCCGUGCUUUGGAUUCAAUGAAACUAUUCACUCUCUCAGAUAAAUGGUGCAACUUCGACGCUGUUUUCCGCUACACACUACUUAUAAACUUAUUUGCGAGUAACAUUCACUACAGUGGCAUUAUAGCGUCUUAACCAGUCUGAUAAAGUGUAGAAAUGAUUUCAGGCUAUGUAUGAAAGUACUCACUCAUCAAAUGUAGUUUUAAAUGUUACUAAAUAACCACAACGUUUAAAGUUUCCAAUAAAAUUAUUAUAUCCAGCAUUUUACAUCAUUUUUCAGUUCAUUUCAUUGUGUAAUUUCCAUUGCAAUUUUCAAUUCCAGUGUCUGGAAUUACCCAUAACUAUCAGUGUCGUGACUUUUUC